UUCCGGCAACUAUUAGUAGGACUACUUGGCAUAGCACUAAAAGAGUCCCAUUUAAAGUUACUAAUCAUCUCACAAGAGGCCGCAUGGGUUGUUUACAAUCAUGGCGCGUGGCUUUUUCUUCAUUCCAAACCUCUGUAGCCAAAUCAUCAUCGCCACCUAAUAACAGUAAAGAAUGUGUACCUGCUUAAACUCUCAACAUUCUCCAAAACCCUUCUCUCUUUCUCUCUUACUACAACAAUCUGCAAUGAUAGAUUCUUCCAUUCCAACCAACAAUCAGAUCAUAUACUUUACUUGAUAUCAUAUCCAGGUGAAAACAAACAUGGAGCAAAGAAGGCGUUGCCACGAUGUGUUCUGGUUAGGGUUAUUUGUGAUCCAGUUAAUUGGUUUGGGUUUUGUUCUUGUCAUUUUAGGGGUCAACAGGUUCAAGAAAAAGAACCGGCUUGACAUUGACAAGUACACAUAUCGGUUCAUGGAGAAUCAAGCUGGUCUGACUGAGGAUUACUGGCCACUCUAUGCUGUUGCUGGUGCUGUGGGGACUGCUCUUGGAUGGAGUUGGCUGUUGUUGUUGGGUUCCCGCGCUAUCCAGAUGAUGAAGGUCUCUGUCCACAUUCUUACCACUUAUCUUGCUGUCAUCAGUGUUUUGUGUUUUUGGGCUCAUCAGUUUUUCUGGGGUGUUGCUUUUUCUAUUGGAGCUGCUCUCCAGUUUUUGUAUAUUAUUUCUGUCAUAGAUAGACUUCCAUUUACAAUGUUGGUAUUGCAAAAGGCUGUGAAAAUGGUAUGGAAUCUUCCUGAGGUUUUGAGAGUAGCAUAUGCGUUUAUGGCUAUGGUGCUUUUAUGGAUGUCCUUGUGGUCAUUUGGAGCUGCUGGUGUUGUAGCUUCAAGCAUGGGUGACGGUGGACGCUGGUGGCUUCUUGGGGUCCUCUCUGUAAGCUUAUUUUGGACAGGUGCUGUGCUUUGUAAUACUUUACAUGUCAUAGUGUCUGGGACACUGGUUCGUGUUACCAUCCAUGGUAGUUGUGAGGCUGCACCAACUCCCGCGAACUCCAUAAUGAAAUCUUUACAGUAUGCUUUGACAACAUCUUUUGGCAGCAUUUGUUAUGGCUCAUUAUUCACAGCUGCUAUUAGGACACUACGAUGGGAGAUAAGAGGAAUCCGGUCAAAGAUAGGAAGCAACGAGUGUUUGCUUUGCUGUGUUGAUUUCCUUUUCCAUCUUGUGGAGACUCUUGUUCGAUUCUUCAACAAGUAUGCUUAUGUCCAGAUCGGUGUUUAUGGUAAAAGCUUUAACCAUUCUGCGAGAGAUGCGUGGGAGUUAUUUCAAUCAACUGGAGUUGAAGCGCUUGUGGCGUAUGAUUGUUCAGGUGCUGUGCUGUUAAUGGGGACCAUAUUGGGUGGGCUGAUAACUGGAACUUGUUCUGGUGUUUGGGCAUGGAUCAAAUGGAGCGACAGAGCUUUUAUGAUUGGAUCUACAUCUAUGCUCAUGGGGAUGGUAUUGGUUGGAGUGGCAAUGGUUGUGGUGGAAAGUGCGGUGACAUCGAUAUAUAUCUGUUAUGCGGAAGACCCAUUAUUGAUUCAGAGAUGGGACAAUGACUUUUUCAACCAGAUUUCUGAGACACUGCACCAGCGACUUCAACAUAGGAGUUCACGGGCAAGGGAAGUUUUAACUCACAAUCAUCUUGAUGCGCAUAUGCUAGAGAACACCCAAAUAUGAGAAAUCACUAAAUGGUUUUGUACAAAAACUAUUUAUUUAAAUUGUCCGUGACAUAUAGUCAACACUUUUAUAUUCUGUGCUGCAUUAGCGUGUGUAUCUUUCACAUUACAACAAGUUUAACAUAAUUGGUAAAGAGAAUGUUUUUGA